GCUGGUUUGGUUGGUUGACUGACGUUGACAUGUGAUUGAUAACGAAUCUUGCGUGCCGUUUCAGAGUAGGUACCUAGUUUACAAUUUGUUUUCUUUGAUUUUAUCAAAAAUUGUAUACAACUGAUAAUAAACCACAAUGGCAGACCGCCUUACACAGCUGCAGGAUACAAUUAACCAGCAAGCCGAGCACUUCUGCAAUAGCAUUGGUAUAUUGCAGCAAUUUUCAACGCCUAGCAAAUUCCCUGGCUUUGACCGUAGUGGCUCACAAACGCCGCAGCAGCAACAAAACCAAGAAGAUUAUGCUAUGCUGUUUGCGACUUUGAUAUCCAGAUGUGCUAAGGAUAUAGACACUCUUAUUGAAUCACUGCCCAGUGAAGAAAGCUCUGCUGAGUUACAAGUGCAAAGUUUGAGGCGUUUAGAGGCUGAGAACAAGGAAGCUGCUGAACAACUUGAAGAGGUUGUUCGCCAAGGUGAGAUUUUGUUAGAGAAAAUACAGGGAGCUCUCAGUGAUAUUGCACAAUGCCAGCUGGACAUGCAAAAUCCUUUACUUAUACUGAACAAAGAUGUGAAACCACAGUUAUAGGAUUUGAGAAAACACGGUGGCUACCACCAUAGGUGAUUUCUGUAACAAAAGAAUUGCAAUUGGUGGUUUUGAGCACCAUUAAAAUUUAUCUUGAGUUUAUUGAUAAUAAUUCUGUUCUGAACUAUUUUUUUGAACAUGUGAUAAGUAUUUGUGGUAAUUAUUAGCAUUUCAAUUUACAUAAAGUAAUAAAAAUAUUACGUAAAUGAGGAAUUGUAAACAACAGAAAUGUUAGUCAUGAUUAUCUAAACCUAAACUUAAAUUUGGCAACAGUGUAUCAUUGUCAUUCUUUAUAUAGCAUGAAAAAGAGAGACAGAUGUUAAAUUUAGUUUUAAGUUUAAAAAUCAUGCCAGAAUGAACACCAUUUUAUUGCUAUAUAUAAACUAAAGUGACCGUGUAUUUUUUAUUAGAUCAGCGAUUAUUUCGGUCAUCAUCACUAUCUUUUAAAAGAAGC